UAAAACUAUAAACCAUAAAAACAGCCUUUUGUCUCUCUCUCUCUCUCUCUCACUGCCAGCAGUCUACGCAAUCUCUCUCUCUCUCUCUCUCUCUCUCUAAAUUCUCUGUCAAUUUGAUCUCAAGCCUCCGUUUCUUCGAGGAAUCAUGUUCUAUCAAGUGUAUAUAUACAAAUAUGGAGGCAUGCAUUAGGGAGUUUGAUUAUGGGAAAAUUAUAGGCAAAAGAAAGAAAAAACACUGAAGACAAUCCCGGAAUUUUUUUCAUUGGAAAUUUCGGUUGAUUGAUUUAUUGAUCUUGAAAAUAGCUGGCUUUGUAAUUUGCAUUCUAUAAUUAACUGUGGGAUCCUGGUGCUGAGAUUUGGUCCAAAUAAAGACAGAUAUGGAUUUGCACAGUUAUCCUCAGGCUGAACAUGGAAAGUUUGAGCAAAUACUCAAUCAGUUUCUUCUGAAAAGUUUGCACAUUAUACUGGACUCAAGGGUUCCAGCCAACCGGCCAUCUAGUCGAGGUGGGGAAAUAAAGAAGACUGACAAAUGGUUUAAUUUAGUACUAGGGGAUCGGCCCUCUGCCAUGGAUAGCUUGAGUUUUUGGAAUAGAACUUUGAUGGAACCGAUGAUAAUUGAUAUUAUACUGGUUCAAGAAUCGCCAAACCCUUCAUCAGAGCUUACUUCACCUGCUGCGUCGGGAACGGAGGCAUCUACUGAGACUGUCGUAGAGAGGUGGAUGGUUCAGUAUGAGGGUCAAAGGUUAAUGGCCCCUCAAAUUGGUGAAGCCACUUACAAGAAGAUGUAUAGGAAAUCGAUCAUACUGUUACGCUCAGUUCAUGCAAUGUUGAGGCUCCUUCCAGCAUAUAAAGCAUUCCGUAAACUAUAUUCCUUGAAGCAAAACUGUGAUUUCGUUAUCAACUACAAAGUCUGCUCAUUUAGUUCCCCAUUCUCGAGAGCGGAGGAAGAAUCAAUGAAGAAAUAUAGUUUUGUUCCCAUUGACAUCCAACCAGGCCGUCUUUCUGUAUCUGUGAUUUAUCGUGAAGAUCUAUCUGAUUUUAAUCUGGAUGUUCUUGUAUCGUGUCCUCCGCAGAUAAUUACUGAUUACGUCGGUAGCCCUCUUACUGAACCUAUGAGGGCAUUUCCAUCUACGCCAUCUGAGAAGAGUCGUCCGACAUCUGUCCCAGUAAGAGCAAGGCAAUCAAAUUCUUCCUCCCCAUUUCAACGACCACACAGCUGGACAGGUGGUCUGCAUGAGGAUGUUUCUUCACCACAGAGCCAACCCUUUAGUGUAUCUCCACCUUUACAUCGUUCCCCAUAUGAGUAUUCACCUUCACCUACUGAGACAUACAUCCAUAGGAAUCAAAACCAAAGGUUCCCAACUCAUCAUAAGACGACGUCUGAUGACUUACUUUCCCCUCCGUUCUCAUCUUCUCCUUCUCCAUCUCCCCCUACAUACCUUUCUGGUGGAAAUACUGUUCAGAGCCGUCUGCGUUCAGAAACUGCUCCCGUGAGUAUUCCCCAUCCAAUGAUGGGCAGAAGUCCAAGGUUCCUUUCUCCUAAUUUGUCUGAUCCAAGUAGGCAUUCUCUUCCGCCUCUAUCUCCUCGAAACACAAGGUAUGAUCCUUCAUCCCAUGAAUCCUCAUCUGGGAUUAGGUCAAUGAGGAGAUUGGAUUCUCUCAGAGCUGGAGAAUCAAGUUCUGGGCCAAUAAACGUCAGUUCAAAGGUGGCUCGAGAUGCAAAAGAGGAUUCCGGGCGGUUUUCAAGUCUGCUGUCCUCAAGUAGUUCGCCACGUGUUGGAUUCUCGAGGAGCUCCAGCAGAUUGUCUUUCCAGGAUGACUUUGGCGAUUGUGAUUUCUCCUGUCCAUUUAUUGUGGAUGAUGUGGAUCCUCCUGAUAGCCAAGCAAGUCUGAACCCCGAUGGAACAAAGAGUUCAGAAGUUUCUUCACAAGCAUCCUCAACAGCCAAGAAAUCUCAGGAUGCGGCUGUCGGAAUCCUCGUUCACAUGCUAAAAACGGCUCCUCGUCUGCGUCAAGAUUCUGGUUAUUAUACGUCUCAGUCGUCUAAGAUCGAAUUCGAGGGAGAAGUUGGAGCAGCUUCCGAAUUCUUUAAACCUCGCAAAACAUCAGAUGCCCUCGAAGAACUCAAGGUUUACAAAGAAAUGAAAGAUCUACUACUCUCUAAGAGUGCAGCUCGUUUGGUCGGCAAGGAAAAAGGAUGGACCUGACUGCAUUGUAGUGUAACAUCUGUUCUUUAGAUAAGUUAACUUUGUUAGGCUUGUUGUCGAUAGUUGUCGUUUAUAGAUCAAUUUCCAUUAGCAUCAUCAGUAAUGUGAUUACAAGUUCGGGUUUGUGGUUGAGGUUGAUUGUUUCCAAGACAGUGUGUGUUGUGUCUUUAUAGACAGCUUCAUGCAGGAGACAGAACCAGUGGGACUUUUGUACAUAUAGUUAUUGACAAUCAGCAAAGGUAUACCUGGUUUAACCAGUCUUCAAAA